AAGUUCGACUUCCAAAUCUUGUGCCGUCUAUCCAACCACGUUUCGAACCUUCUCUCUCGUACAUGAGCAGGACCGGAAGCCCUGCCACAACGACGACGAAACUCAGCACAGCACAAAGUUAACAAAAAACACCGUGAGAGUGAGGAGCAAAGCCCAAAAUGGACACACGAAUCUGCACAUCCCUCGGCCUCCUCUCUCCAACUCCCCCUCCCCACCACCACCACCCCAUCGACGACUUCAACACCCUCUUCACUCACCUCAACACCCUCAUAUCCACAAGCCCGUACAAUCCCAUACCCACACAACACCAAACCAACAAAACCCUUCAAUUCGCCUCAACCACCGUCUCCAUCGACAACAAAAUCGAAAACCCACAAAAACCCACAUCCCAGCAUCGCCCCAAACCCGCCACAAAAGCCUCCCCGAAGAUCCAGACCCUCUUCAAGACCCUAACCGUCCUCGAACGCUCCGUCAUCGGCGCAGCCGCCGGUGGCAUCGCCGGCGCGUUCACCUACGUGUGCCUCCACCCCCUCGACACCGUCAAAACAAAGCUCCAGACCAAAGGGGCGUCAGAAAUCUACAGCAGCGCUUUAGACGCCGUCGGUAAGACCUUCCAGAGUAAAGGCAUCCUGGGGUUUUAUUCUGGUGUUUCUGCUGUUAUCGUGGGGUCUACUGCCUCUUCUGCUGUGUACUUCGGUACUUGUGAGUUUGGGAAAUCCGUUUUGUCCAAAUUACCCAAUUAUCCAUCCGUGUUGAUCCCUCCUACCGCCGGCGCCAUGGGCAACAUCAUCUCGUCUGCGAUCAUGGUGCCGAAGGAGUUGAUAACGCAGCGAAUGCAGGCUGGAGCGAAGGGUCGGUCUUGGGAAGUUUUGUUGAGGAUCCUAGAGAAGGAUGGGGUUUUAGGGUUGUAUGCAGGGUACUCUGCUACAUUGUUGAGGAAUUUGCCAGCUGGUGUGUUGAGUUAUUCGUCUUUCGAGUAUUUGAAAACUGUAGUGUUGUUGAGGACGAAGCAGGUACAUUUGGAGCCUGUUCAGAGUGUUUGUUGUGGUGCCUUGGCCGGGGCAAUAUCAGCGUCUUUGACUACCCCGUUGGAUGUGGUUAAGACUAGGUUGAUGACUCAAGGUCAUGGAGAGGCUGUGAAUAAGGUGGCUGCUGCUAUGGUUACCGGUGUUUCUGCUACUGUGAAGCAGAUUUUGAAGGAAGAAGGGUGGGUGGGGUUGACCCGUGGUAUGGGGCCGAGAGUGCUUUACAGUGCUUGCUUUUCGGCAAUUGGAUAUUUCGCGUUUGAGACCGCGAAAGUCUCGAUUUUGAAUCAGUAUAUUAACCACAAGGAAAUUUCUAGUGAAAUUUCUGCGGCUCCAACUUGAUUCAGUUGGUAUGAUUGUGUUUUCAGGUGUAAUGAAUUUUUAUAAUUUGCUAUUAUUAGCUAGAAUUCUGAGUUGAUAAUCACCUACACUGGCUAUGAGAAUGCAUUUUUUGUAUUGAAACGCUCACUUUAAGGCAGUUCAAUGGCAAUUGUUUGAAUUUAUUUCUA